AUGGCACCCAAAGCAUCGAAACGAGCGCCGUCGACAGAAACCGGAAACAACGGGAAGAAAAAGAGAAAGAGCUCUCACAAGACAGAAGAAGACACUUCUAUGCUUUCUUUAACCCAGAUAAGUGAGGAAUUAGUGCACGAUGGCCAGCUGUCGACAGAGGUUGCAGCUGCCACCAUUAUUGAUCCCUUGAUAGUAAGGGUCGAAAAAUUCUCGAGCGAGUACGAAUCCGCGAACAAAGGUGAGCGGUUAGUACUGUACAUCGGGUUUUUCAAAUCAGUAGACUGGUUUAAUUAUGUCAAUAAUGGGGCAAGCGCAACCGCUGUUUCGACAAUGGCCAGCAAGGCAGAAUUCCUGGAAUAUUGUCAAGAAAAUGAUAUCCCUGAAUGGGCACAAAUGCAAAUACGAACAAAGUCCUUCUAUGAUACGGCAAGAGUAGCCGCUAACAACUGGCGCAGUAUCGAGGAGAGGGUUGGAAAAGUGUUGUAA